UUGGUACCCCUCAGGCUCAAAAUGAAUGAGGGCCAAAAUUUCCUUGUGUUGCCACAAAUAUCUCCGGCUCAGCUACUUAUUUAUACGGAACCAACAGAGAAACCGAUCAUUACAAGUACAUCGUACAGAAUCGUUUCAUUUGCAUGCUGCGACCAUGGUCCUCCUCCUCGUGUUCCUGCUCUUCUCCAGCAGCCUGCAAGUCUCCACGACGGCCAUCCACACCCUCGCUCUAGGCCAAUCCCUCCCAUGGAACGAGACGAUGGUGUCCAAGGGCGGUAGCUUCGAGCUGGGGCUCUUCUCCCCGGGCAACUCCAGCAAGCACUACAUCGGCAUCUGGUACAAGAAGAUCUCCAAGCGAACGGUCGUGUGGGUGGCCAACCGGGAGAACCCGGUCGUGAACCCGUCAACCUCCCGCUUCAUGCUGAGCGUCCACGGCGAGCUGGCGCUCCUCACGACGCCGUCCGACGCCUCGCUGUGGUCGUCGUCCCGGCCGUCGUCGUCGCCCCCGCCGCGCGCCACCUUCGCCACGCUCCAGGACGACGGCAACCUCGUGGUGUGGAGCAGCAGCAGGAACGCCACGUCGACGACGACGUCGUCGCAGGUGACGUGGCAGAGCUUCGACCACCCGACCGACACGUGGCUCCCCGGCGCCAGGCUCGGCUACGACAGGGGCGCCGGCGGCGGCGUCCACAGCUUCCUGACGUCGUGGACGGACUCCGAGAACCCGGCGCCCGGGGCCUUCACCAUGGAGAUCGACGCGCGCGGCCAGCCCAAGUUCGACCUGUUCGCCGCUGCCGCCCGCGGCUCUGGCGCGAAACAACAGUACUGGACGACCGGCCUCUGGGACGGCGAGAUCUUCGCCAACGUGCCGGAGAUGCGGUCGGGCUACUUCGCCGGCAUCCCCUACGCGCCCAACGCCAGCGUCAACUUCUUCACCUACCGCGACCGGAUCCCCGCGGGCAGCAGCGCCUUCCGGGGCGUCGGCAUCGGCAACUUCAUGCUGGACGUCAACGGGCAGAUGCGGCGGCGCCAGUGGAGCGAGCAGGCGGGGGAAUGGAUCCUCUUCUGCUCGGAGCCGCACGACGCCUGCGACGUCUACGGCUCCUGCGGGCCCUUCGGGCUAUGCAGCAACACCACCAGCCCCGCCUGCCGUUGCCCCUCCGGCUUCGCGCCGCGGUCGGAGCGGGAGUGGAGCCUCAGGAACACCGCCUCCGGGUGCGCGAGGCGGAGCCUGCUGGAGUGCCCCAAGGACGGGUUCCUCAAGCUGCCGUACGCCGUGCAGCUUCCCGGUGGUUCGGCGGAGGCGGCCGGGGUUAGGAACGAACGGGACUGUGAGCGGUCCUGCUUGAAAGACUGCUCCUGCACCGCCUACGUUUACGAUGGGGCCAAGUGCGCGCUGUGGAAGAGCGAGCUGGUUAACAUGAGGACGCUCUCGAACGACCAGAGCGCGGGUGACCGUGGCCUAGCCCUUCAUCUCCGUGUCGCGCGCUCGGAUGUGCCGGCGGCCUCGUCGUCGCCGGCGCAUUCGUGGAAGAAAUCGAUGGUGAUCCUGGGGAGCGUGGUUGCCGUCGUGGCGCUGCUCCUGGGAUGCCUCGUGAUCGUGGCGGUGGCGGCGGUGGUGUUGCGGAUGCGGCGGGGGAAGGGGAAAGUGACGGCGAUGCAGCAGGGCUCGCUGCUGGUGUUCGACUACCGAGCCUUGAGGACCGCGACGAGGAAUUUCUCGGAGAAGCUCGGGGGCGGGAGCUUCGGCACGGUGUUCAAGGGCGCGCUCCCGGACGCGACGGUCAUAGCCGUGAAGAAGCUGGACGGGUUCCGGCAGGGGGAGAAGCAGUUCCGGGCCGAGGUGGUCACCCUCGGCAUGGUCCAGCACAUCAACCUCGUCCGCCUCCGCGGGUUCUGCUCCGAGGGGAACAAGCGGGCGCUCGUGUACGACUACAUGCCCAACGGCUCCCUGGACGCGUACCUGUUCAAGGCCGGCUCGGAGGACGACGCCAAGAAGGUCCUGAGCUGGGGCCAAAGGCACGGCGUCGCGCUGGGCGUGGCCAUGGGCUUGGCGUAUCUGCACGAGAAGUGCCGCGAGUGCAUCAUACACUGCGACAUCAAGCCGGAGAACAUCCUCCUGGACGAAGAGAUGGGCGCCAAGCUCGCGGACUUCGGCAUGGCCAAGCUCGUCGGCCGCGACUUCAGCCGCGUCCUGACAACCAUGCGCGGCACGCUCGGGUACCUCGCGCCCGAGUGGCUCGCGGGCGGGACGGUCACCGCCAAGGCCGACGUCUACAGCUUCGGCCUCCUGCUGUUUGAGCUCGUCUCGGGCCGCCGCAACAACGCCCCCUCUUCGUCUUCGGAGGAGGGAGGAGGCCACGGGAUGUACUUCCCGGUGCAUGCCGCGGUCAGCCUGCAUGGAGGCGACGUGGUCGGGCUGCUCGAUGAGAGGCUGGCCAAGGAUGCCGACGUGAAGGAGCUCGAGAGGGUCUGUAGGGUCGCCUGCUGGUGCAUACAGGACGAGGAAGGCGACCGGCCGACCAUGGGGCUCGUCGUGCAGCAGCUCGAGGGAGUCGCCGAUGUUGAGUUGCCGCCGAUCCCGUCGCGGCUUCACAUGCUGGCAACGGUGAACCCAUGCGCCGGCGGGGGUGCAGAGGAUGGGUUCUGUUCAAAGGGAGGUAGCAAAUUAGCAACAGCAGAAGUGUGAAAAUGUUGAGUAUUAGUAUUAGCCACAUCUACUACUCGUUUGAAGGUUACACAAAUAUGAAAACUUGUAUAUUUCAAUGUAGUUAAUACUCCUUGUGCGCGCAUCAAGAAUUCAAGACACGGAAAUUUCAUGCUC